AUGGCUACCCCUAGUGUCCUGGCUUUUGACGCUGAGGGUCGCGCCAUUGACUUUGAGGUCUGGGUAGACGACCUGCAGUUGUUUUUACAGUGCGAUAGGGCAGACGGCCUCUCUCUCUUUGACCUUACCUCUGGCGCCUCUCCUGCUCCUGCUGCUGAUGCUGAUCCCACUGUGCGCUCUCAGUGGGCCACCCGCGAUGCUGCUGCACGUCUUGCUGUGCGUCGCCACCUCCCUACCUCUGAGCGCGCGCACUUUAGUCAGUACAAGAGUGCUCAGACCUUGUACGACGCUGUAGUUGCGCGCUACUCCUCCCCUUCCACUGCUGCACUGAGCCGUCUCAUGCUUCCCUACCUCUUUCCUGACCUCUCUGCCUUUCCCACUGUCGCUGACCUCAUUACGCACCUCCGCACUAGUGACACUCGCUACCGCGCCGCCCUUCCUGCUGAGGACCACUUUCUCGCAGUCUGUCCCACCACCCUCACCGUCGACGUCCUCGAGAAGGCCCUCCUCGCAGCGGAGAAGAGCAUAGUCGCUGUAGGAGCUUCUCGUGGAGACCCUCGCACCCCCAUCUUUGAGGGGUGCUCUCCUUCCCCCUUGCUGCCCUCUGUUGCCUCUGCUGCUGCUGCCGACCUGCUUGGUCUUGAGUCGGUCGGCGCGGCGUCUGCCCCUAGUGGGAGACGUCGCUCUGGCAAGGGCAAGGGGGGCAAGGGCGCGGGUGGAGCUGGAGGGGGCGGUGGCGGUGGCGGCGGAGGCGGCGGAGGGAGUGGGGGUGGCGGCGGGAGUAGUGGCGGGGGUGGUGGUGGCGGUGGCAGCAGCAGCGGAGGCGGCGGUGGUGGUGGCAGCGGUGGUGGUGGUGGCAGCGGCGGAGGUGGAGGCGGCGGAGGAGGCAGCGGAGGAGGCGGUGGUGGUGGAGAAGGUGGAGCUGGUCGGGGUGGUACCCAGCAGCGGAGCGGCGGUGGUGGUGGCCAGCGCUCGCAGCAGCAGCAGCAGCAGCGUUCGCAGGACAUCCCUCCGCCUCAGCAGCUUCGUGAGUGGUACACUCAGCGUCAGAGGGGUGGGGGUACUGGUCCUUGCACCUACGUCCUUCGUUCCGGCGACCGCGCGGCGAUCUUUGAUCUUGAUUUUGAUGCUAUCCUUGCUGCUAUGUAUGCUGUGACUAUUAGUGAGGAGACUGAGGGUUACCGGUGUUUCCAGCCCGACCUGGGCAUUGGUAUUGCUGCGCUAGGUGCUUGUGAGGCUGCUGCUCUAGGUGCCAGUGCGUCUGCGCUCUCAGGUACUGGUGAGACUGCGCCCUCAGGUACUACGUCGCCCUCGUCCUCCCUUACUUUCACACUUGACUCUGGGGCUUCUCGCUCCUUCUUUCGAGACCGCACCACCCUUACGCCGCUUGGCCGGCCGGUUGCCGUCUCCCUGGCUGACCCCUCUGGGGGUCCUGUCCUCUCUCACUUCUCCACUGUCCUCCCGUGUCCGGCUGCCCCUUCGGGCACCCUGUCUGGUCUGUACCUUCCCUCGUUCUCUACGAACUUGGUGAGUGGCGCGGACCUGCAGGAUGUGGGGGUUCACCAGUUCACUCCUGCGAGUCAGCGGGUGACCCACUGCACGGAGGCACGCACAGGCCGACACCUGGCCACGUUCUCGCGUCGGCCGGGGUCGAGUCUCUACACCCUGACCACUUCGUCUCCUCCUGUCCCUGCGUCUGGUCAGGUGGCUGCGUCAGGUCAAAUGCUUGCUGCUGCGUCCCGGUCAGGUCCUGAGUCUGCCCCCUGUUCUUGUCGCCUCCUGUCUCACGAGACUCUCCUGUGGCACCACCGUCUUGGCCACCCCUCCUUGCCCCGUCUUCGGAGCAUGGCUUCCCGUGUCCUUGUCUCUGGUCUUCCCCAGUCUCUCCCUCCCCUUCCCUCCGGGCCAGGACCUUCCUGUGUCCCCUGUGUCGAGGGUCGCCUCCGGGCUACUCCUCACUCCUCCCAGUUCCCCCCGACCGAGGCUCCUGUGCAGACGCUUCACAUGGACGUGUGGGGCCCAGCCCCCGUCCGUGGGCAGGGUCACGAGCGCUACUUUCUGUUGGUGGUUGACGACUACUCGCGUUACACCACAGUCCUCCCCUUGCGCAGCAAGGGUGCUGUCACUGAGGUGCUGAUCGACUGGAUCCGCGAGGCUCGUCUCCAGCUCAGGAAGAGCUUCGGCUCGGACUUUCCUGUUCUGCGUCUGCACUCGGACAGAGGCGGAGAGUUCUUCUCGCGCCUUCUGCGAGACUACUGUCGUGCACGGGGGAUCCGCCAGACCUUCACGCUUCCGGACUCUCCACAGCAAAAUGGGAUUGCUGAGCGCCGCAUUGGCAUGGUCAUGGAUGUCGCUCGUACGUCCAUGAUGCAUGCGGCUGCCCCCCAUUUUUUGUGGCCGUUUGCGGUGAGGUACGCGGCGCAUCAGCUCAACCUUCACCCCCGGGUCUCUUGGCCCGCGAUGUCCCCAGUCUUGCUGUGGACGGGGAAGGUUGGCGAUGCGUCGACGUUCCGUGUCUGGGGAUCUCGGGCGUUUGUCCGCGACUUGUCUGCGGACAAGCUGACCCCUCGUGCUGCUCCCUGUGUCUUCCUUGGCUUCCCCACUGACGCUCCAGGGUGGCAGUUUUACCACCCCUCCUCUCGUCGUGUUCUGUCCUCCCAGGACGUCACGUUCGACGAGUCAGUCCCCUUCUACCGCCUCUUCCCCUACCGCACUCCUUCCCUCCCCCCUCCGCCGGACUUCCUUGUGCCGGUUCCCCCCCCGGUAGACCCCCUCCCCCCUCAGGUUCCUGCCCCCUCAGGUGUGUCCCAGGUAGACGCAGUUGACCCGGUCGAGGUUACUGGUGACUCUGGUGCUGCUGCGGGUGCUGAGCCUGGGGCCUGGGGGUGCUGGGCCUGGGGAUACUACUGCGGAGGGUGCUGCGCCGGGGGUGCUGAGUCUGGAGCUGCUGAGCCUGGGGGUGCUGAGCCUGGGGUUUCUCCUGCUGCUGCGUCUCGACGGGAGCCCCUCUCUCCCCAGGAGCUGCGCGAGUGGUUUGCUCGCCGCUGGAGGCGUGCUGCUGGAGCUGGAGCUUCUUCGACCGUUGAGGGUGCUGGUGCUGCCGGUCCCGGAGCUGCUGGGCCUGCGGGUCCUCCUGGAGCUGGAGCUGCUGAGGGUGUUGGUGCUGAGACCACUGCUGUCUGUCCUCUCGGUGGUUCUGCUGCUGGUACUGCUGGAGGUCCUGCCGCUGGAGGUGUUGGUGGCGCUGGUACUGUCGCUGAGGGUGCUGGUGCUGUCCCUGCUGAGUCUGGAGCUGCCGCGCGGCCUCGGCCGUACUUCGUUCCGCUCCUGCAGCAGCGUCGUGAGCCUGCGUCUCGUCCCGCGUCGCCUGUUCGUGCUGCUCGCGCUAGUGGUCGCGGUUCGCGUCAGCGUCCUCCUCCUGUCCCUGGCACGCACCGGAUGUCUCUGCGUCCGUCCACUGCUCCUCUGCGUGCCCCUUUGCCUUCUCCGCCUGAGUCCUCUCUUCCUGCGCUUGCCGACCCUGAGUCGGACUCUCUUCGUGCUGCCAGUCCUACUGUCCCGCGUCUGCUUGCUACUGUCGUCACUGACCCCUCGUUUGAGUCCACUGCUGCGUCUGCUCUUGUCGCUGAGCUCGUCGACUUUGCUGCUCGCUGUCGUCUAGACUACGCUGCUAGUCUUGUUGCUGAGACUGCGUCUGUCUGUCCUCCGUCCGUCGGGGGUGAGUGUGCUCUUGGCACGGACGUCCUAGAGGACAGGCAGGAGGAAUUACAGUGUCUGGCUGCUGCUUCACCUCAUCUCGCGUCUGUACUGCUUGCUCCUGAGGGAGACCCGGAUGCACUAGACAUCCCGACUCCGCGCUCUUACGCGGAGGCCGUAGAGGGUCCCUACUCCUCUAAGUGGCAGGCAGCUAUGGAUGCAGAGAUGGCUUCCUGGAAGUCCACAGGCACCUACGUUGACGCAGUUCCCCCUCCUGGGGCGAACAUCGUCAGUGGCAUGUGGAUCUUCCGGGUGAAGCGGCCGCCGGGCUCUCCACCUGUCUUCAAGGCGCGGUACGUUGCUCGUGGCUUCAGCCAGCGGCAGGGAGUUGACUACUUUCAGACCUUCUCUCCCACCCCGAAGAUGACCACUCUUCGGGUGCUGCUGCACAUAGCCGCUCAGCGCGACUACGAGCAUCACUCUCUCGACUUCAGCACUGCGUUCCUGCAGGGUAGCCUGCUCGAGGAGAUCUGGCUGCGCCGUCCACCUGGCUUCACUGGGACUUUCCCUCCUGGCACCCAGUGGAGCCUCCGACGGCCAGUCUACGGUCUCCGCCAGGCACCGCGUGAGUGGCACGACACACUGAGGACUACGCUUGCGGCUCUUGGGUUUGCUCCUUCUACUGCUGACCCAACGCUGUUUCUGCGCACCGACACUUCUCUGCCGCCGUUCUACAUCCUCGUCUACGUCGACGACUUGGUCUUUGCCACAGCGGACACUGCUGGACUCGCCUACGUGAAGUCCGAGCUGCUGAAGAGACACACGUGCACAGACCUGGGUGAACUGCGCAGCUACCUUGGCUUGCAGAUCACUCGGGACAGAGCACGCCGCACCAUUACCUUGACUCAGUCACACAUGGUGCAGCAGGUCCUUCAGCGCUUCGGCUUCACGUACUCCUCGCCUCAGGCCACUCCUCUGUCUACUCGUCAAUGGCUCUCAGCUCUGCCUUCGGAUGAGUCCGUAGAGUCGAGUGGCCCGUACCCAGAGCUUGUUGGCUGCCUCAUGUACCUGAUGACCUGCACACGACCUGACCUUGCAUACCCUCUGAGCAUUCUUGCACGCUAUGUUGCUCCUGGGAGACACCGACCAGAGCACAUGGCUGCAGCGAAGAGGGUGUUGCGCUACCUGUGCAGUACGUCGGGCAUGGGGCUAGUGCUUGGAGGGCUGAGUCCAGUGGUCCUUACAGGGCACGCGGACGCUUCUUGGGCUGACGACCAGGCUACGCAGCGGUCGUCACAGGGUUACACCUUCAGUCUUGGUUCCGGCUCUGUCUCGUGGCGGUCUACUCGCUCGUCUUCGGUUCUCAGCUCCAGUUGUGAGGCUGAGAUCUACGCUGGGGCCAUGGCUGCACAGGAGCUUCGCUGGCUCACCUACCUGCUGACUGACCUUGGAGAGCCGCCUCGUUCUCCUCCAGUGCUGUACGUAGACAACAAGGCCAUGCUGGCCUUGUGUCGAGAGCAGCGCUUGGAGCACAGAACGAAGCACAUUGCUCUCCGCUACUUCCUUGCUCGUGAGCUGCAGCAGCGUGGUCAGUUGCGACUUGCGUACGUGGCCUCUGAGGCCAACACUGCUGAUGUGUUCACCAAGGCACUCGCGCCUUGUGACCAUCAGCGCUUCUGCACCCAGCUGGGUCUUGUGCCUGUCUUGCCUCACUUGCUCUCUUCUUGA